AAAAAAUCUAAAGUUUAGCUUGAAGGAAUGAGUUGACUUUUUGUAUCAGCAAACACAAAUUGAAGAAGGGAGCUUUGGUUCUUUGUCUUCGAUCCUUCAAGUCUUGAAGUGAUGAAGUUCGAAGUUUUCGUGAGUUUCAGAGAAAUCGACACCCGAAGAACUUUUGUGAGCCAUCUUUUGCUUUCACUGUUUAAAAAUCAGAUUAGGACUUUCAAGCAAGAAGAAGAGAUACCAUGGAAUCAACCAGCUUCCUCUCAAGUUCUUGAGGCAAUCCAAGAUUGCAAAAUGGCCAUUGUAGUCAUAUCAAAGAACUAUACUGCUUCCGUCUCGUGCUUAGACCAACUGGCCAAGAUAGUUGAGUGCAAGGAGAAACAGACGUUAGUGAUGAUACCCGUCUUAUACGAAGUGGAUCCUUCUCAUGUUUUAACUCAAGCAGAAAAUCUUUGGGAGCAUAGCGGUGGAGAGGAGAAGGUGAUGAGAUGGAGAGAUGCACUGAACGAAUCGAUCAAGAUUUAUCUUGAAAAGCAUGCAUACUGGGAAGAUAAAGACUCGUACUCGUACAUUAUUGAUAGAGUCAUGUCCCACGUUCUUGAUCGUUUGAGACCACAGGAAAUGAAGAAACCAGAAGAGCGUAAAAAAGAAGUGUAUCGUAAAUUCAAAAUGUCUAGAUUUAUCCUCCUAAUUCCCAUAGGGAUAGUUACCAUGGGGGUCGGGCUUGUUAAAUCUGCUCUGGGAAUAUUCAUGCCGGGUAAAGAGAAGCCUAUUGUUAUCAAACUUAGGCCUACAAGAAGCUCUGUGUACGUAUACAAAGACGAGUAUGUUACUGAUGACGAGUUGUCCCAGUUAGUUCCAUCAAGUGAUUUCAGUUGCCUUGUUGGGAUGGACCGUCAAAUAAAAGCAGUGGACGCAUUGCUGCUUGGUUUGGAUUCGAAACAAGUCGGAGAAAUUGGUAUUUGGGGUGUGGAAGGAGUGGGCAAAACCACCCUCGCGAGAUUUGUUUAUCAACAGAUCUCACCACAGUUUCAAGAUCACUGCUACUUUGAGAUUGAUUCCCAAGACAAUUCUGUCUAUCCAACGUGUUUACUAGAGGAAGUAACAAGAUCUGCUCUAACGUCAGGGUCAGAGAGAUUGUAUGAAUCUGUGAAGGCGGAGUUUGGACACCGAAAGGUUUUGCUCGUUGUUGAUGUUCUGAAUCGUACUGGCGACCUCAAAAACAUCAGAAAGAUUACCCGUUGGUUUGGUCCUGAGAGUAGACUGAUCGUUGUCACAGAGCAAAAUGAUGUGCUUGUUCAGUGCGAAGUCAGACGCGUCUUUGAAGUUGAGCCUUUGAGAUAUGAUGAAGCUCUUCAACUCUUUUCCCAAUUUGCCUUCAAACAAGAACACGUUCCUAGAGAGUACCAUCGGCUCUCUGUUCGUGCUGUCUUACUUACAGGUCGUAUUCCAUUGGCCCUUAAAGUAUUUGGCUCCUUCUUACGCGGGAAGGUCAUUAAUGAAUGGGAACUUGAGUUGUGUAGACUUGAAGCAUCACAGGACAGCUGCGUUGCAAAAGUUUCUGGUUACAUCGGAAAUGGUUUCUCCUGAAGACAUGUCAAAUCUGUUGUGAACUAACGCGAAUCAACUCGCAGAAACCAAAAGAGAGCAAAACGAAUUGAGUCAAAUACCCGUUUAGGGUUUGUAUAUUAUUAUGUGAAUAAAUAACUUUACAAUCUCUUAGAUCCAUAUAUAUAGCAG